GCGGGGCUGCGGCGGGGAGCGGUGGGCUCACCUAUGGGACUUUCCAAAAGCAAACACAAACCUAGGAAAGGUGAGGAGCAAAAGGGGCGCGUCUAUUCAGUUCCCAAGGCCAGGGAAAGGCCGACGGGCAGGCAUUCUCAAGAGUCUGAGAAGCCUCCGGACGCUAAGCCUGCAGAGAGCCUCCAUGGAAAGAGAGGGGCAGCCAAGCGACAGUGGGCUUCAUCUGAAGUCGAAGGUCUGUCGCACGAGCCAGCCAGCAGCUCAGACUCUCCACGGUGGAUGGUGGAAGCGUGUCUCCCUUUUCCUUCCUUGAAAGAGGGCGUCGAGUACUCACCACCCUCCUGGCUGAGCUGUCAAUGCAUGAAAGCUCUGUAACAUGUUCUGACUGCUUUUGACCCUGACCACUUCUUUUCCUGAACCACACAUCUAAUUCUUUUGCUCUGGCCCUAACACAGACAUUCUCUGCCUUCUAGAAGGGCUUUUCCACAGAGAUGUUAAAUACCUGGAUGUUUUC